UCUACGGUUCAGUCCUACCCUUAUAGUCAAGUCACCAAAAGUAGCUCUUUACGUGCGUGGAGUUAAUUUCCUCUCUCAUUCUCGAUCUCUAUCACUCGCUUUUGGUUUCCGAUGAAGAUUCAGAUCGACUACAAGCUCCUUCAGUAAUCCUAAUUGUUAAAUUAUCAGUUGCAGGGUUGAUUGGUUGAAGAAUUGUGCGGAACAAUGUUUGGUUCGAAUACCCCUUUUGGGCAGUCAUCUACUAGCCCAUUCGGGACGCAGUCCGUCUUUGGGCAAAACAGUGGUGCGAGUAAUAAUCCUUUUGCUCCCAAACCUUUUGGCAGCACAACACCAUUUGGUUCACAAACAGGUAGUUCCAUUUUUGGGGGCACUUCAACUGGUGUGUUUGGGCCUACCCAAUCUUCUUCACCCUUCUCUUCGACAACGGCAUUUGGUGCUUCAUCUUCUCCCUUUUCAACACCUGCUUUUGGAGCUUCUUCUACCCCGGCUUUUGGUAGUUCAUCGGCAUCCUUUGGUGGAUCUUCUGUUUUUGGUCAGAAGCCUGCUUUUGGUGGUUUUGGCUCUGCUGCUCAAACAACUCCUUUUGGAAGCGCAACCCAGCAGUCUCAGCCUACAUUUGGCAGUAGUGUAUUUGGUUCUUCCUCACCCUUUGGUGCAUCAAGUCAGGGUGCUUUUGGUGCCACGAGCUCCCCUGGAUUUGGUACCACGAGCACCCCUGCUUUUGGUGCAGCUAGCACCCCUGCCUUUGGCGCCACUAGCACUCCGGCAUUUGGUGCCACUAGCACUCCGGCCUUUGGUUCAACAUCAACUCCAGCAUUUGGCAGCACUGGUUCUGCAUUUGGUGUGUCAAAUUCUCCAAUGUUCGGAUCUGGGGGAGCAUUUGGUGCUUCAAGCUCUCCUGCAUUUGGUUCUCCGGGAACUCCUGCAUUUGGUGCUUCAGGAACCCCUGCUUUUGGGGCUCCGGGCGCACCUGCUUUUGGGGCCUCAAGCACCCCCGCUUUUGGGGCGUCGGGAACCCCUGCUUUUGGGGCCUCGGGCACUCCCGCUUUUGGGGCCCCUGGCACUCCCGCUUUUGGAGCCUCGGGCACUCCCGCUUUUGGGGCCUCGGGCACUCCCGCUUUUGGGGCUUCAAGCACUCCCGCUUUUGGGGCUUCAAGUACCCCAUCCUUCAGCUUUGGGUCCUCCCCUGCAUUUGGGCAAUCAGCUUCGGCAUUUGGUAGUAGCCCCUUUGGAACUGCUACUGCUCCUUAUGGAGCUCAGAGUUCCCCGUUUGGAACACAGGCUACAACAUCAGCAUUUGGGAGCAGUACCUUUGUGCAGUCUGCCGGUGGAACUCCACGCGUGGGAAGCAGGGUAGCCCCUUAUACGCCAACAACUGAGACAGACAGUAGUGGUACACAGCCUGCUGGGAAGUUGGAGUCGAUAUCAGCCAUGCCUGUCUACAAAGAUAAAAGCCAUGAGGAGUUGAGAUGGGAAGACUAUCAAGUGGGAGAUAAAGGUGGACCACUCCCUGCUGGUCAACCUGCUGCUGGGGUUGGCUUUGGUGCUCUGGCUCCACAGUCCAGUCCUUUUGCUUCAUCAUCAACAUUUGGUCAAACAUCUGCAAAUCCAUUUUCUAGCUCGACUUCCUCCAACUUAUUUGCUUCAAAACCUCCUGGUUUUGGUGGUCAAGGCUUUGGAAGCUCAUCCACUCCUGCAUUCGGUUCUUCACCUUUUGGUCCUUCUUCUUCUCCCAACCCUUUUUCAACAACCUCAUCUGUAUUUGGGACAACAGCAACAUCCGUAUUUGGGUCUGGUCCAUCUCCAUCAGUUUUUGGAUCAUCAAGCUCAUCGACAUUUGGGUCAUCCCCUUCCAUCUUUGGUUCUACAUCUCAGACACCAUCAAUAUUUGGUUCUACAUCUCAGGCGACAACCCCAGGGUUCGGCUCCAGCAUUAAUUUCGGUAACACUCAGACAUCUCCCCUAUUCCCGUCCAUCACACCUUCACUUGGACAGACGGGGUCGGCUUUUGGACAGAGUACUACCCCUUCCUUUGGACAGAGUACUGCCCCUUCCUUUGGUCAGCAGGGUGGAUUCGGUUCUAGUGGUUUUGGGGGAAGCUUUUUCGCAAGCGCUCCAUCAAUGAUUCCUUCAAGCAGCCCAAUGGGUUUUGGCCAAACAACUCCUUCUAUUUCAACGCCUUUUCAACCAGCUCAGCCUGCACCGACUGCUGGUGCUUUUGGCUUCAGCAACUUUGGCCAGACACGAGCAGCUAAUGCAAGUGGAUUUGGUGGCACAUCAAACCUUUUUGGUCAGAGUAAUUUGGGACAGUUUUCUGCCACACAAGGCUCAACUGUCAUGCAACCGGCACCCAUUACUAAUCCAUUUGGAACACUUCCUGCCAUGCCCCAAAUGUCAAUUGGUCAAGCUGGAGCUGCCCCUUCCGUUCGAUAUGGAAUUUCAACCAUGCCUGUAGUUGAAAAGCCUGCUCCUGUGAGAAUAUCAUCCUUAUUGACUUCUCGACACCUUUCACAAAGGCGGAUUAGGUGGCCUGCAAGGAAAUAUCAGUCUAAGAAUGAUGGUCCAAAGGUUCCAUUUUUCGAUGAUGAUGAAGAAACAGCAAGCACGCCAAAGGCAGAUGCUUUUCUCAUUCCCAGGGAAAAUCCAAGAGCGUUGGUUAUUCGUCCCAUAGACCAGUGGCCUUCGAGGUCUAAUGCGGAGAAAGCUUCUCCCUUGAAGGAUAGGUCUACCCCAGUGCAUGAAAAUGGCAAAACUUCUGGAGAGGCAAAUAUUCCUGCUGAUGGAGACAACAAUCCAGUUGAAGAUGGCAUUGUGAAGGAGCAAGUUUAUCGUACAGUCAACCAGAAACCUAAUGGAGUCCAUGAUGAUCAUUCUGUUCAGAAGGAGGAUGCAUAUACGACACUUAGUGGUCACAGAGCUGGUGAGGCUGCAAUUGUGUAUGAACAUGGGGCUGAUAUUGAGGCAUUAAUGCCAAAGCUUCGGCGUUCUGAUUACUACACAGAGCCUCGGAUCCAGGAAUUGGCUGCCAAGGAAAGGGCUAAACCAGGGUUCUGCAGGCAUGUGAAGGACUUUGCAGUUGGACGGCAUGGUUAUGGCAGCAUCAAAUUCUUGGGUGAGACAGAUGUGAGGCGACUUGAUCUUGAGGCCUUGAUUCAGUUCAAUAACCGUGAGGUGAUUGUAUAUAUGGAUGAAAGCAAGAAACCGCCUGUUGGGCAAGGUCUCAAUAAGCCUGCUGAGAUAACCCUUCUCAACAUAAAAUGCUUUGAGAAAAAGACCGGGCAACAGUAUAUAGAAGGGCCUAAGAUUGAGAAAUACAAGGAGAUGCUUAGGAGGAAGGCUGAGGACCAAGGUGCAGAGUUUGUGUCCUACGAUGCCAAAAAAGGGGAGUGGAAGUUCCGGGUCAACCACUUCAGUACGUACAAACUUGACGAUGAUGGAGAUGACUGGUGUACUCAAACAACCUCAGUUUGCUAAGGAAAGGGGUUAUCUUGAUGCCUUAAAUGGUAGUUGGUGUUGAAAGAAAAUAUGUGUGAUGCAUGGUUUCAAGGGUUUUGUUUUGUGAUCGCCAAACUGCGUCAUAUUACAUUAUUACUGUACACCUUUGCCUAAUCCAAACCCUCCUUUGUUGUAAAAUUUUAUAUGUUGUGGGGUUUUCUCUGGUGCUUUUUUUUUCGUGGGAUUCAUCAUUUCUGGUAUAUUUGAAGUUUGGUUUGAAGUUUGUAGUGGAUGAGCCGAAAGUUUGUUGGACAAACCAAUAUUCGAAAUUCAGUCUGUUCUAAGGGCGGACUUAUUUACA